GUCAGCGUGACUUACUAAAUCCAGCCUGCAAGAUCCUCAGUUUUGACUCAUGUUACACAUCAGCAUUUUUGGCUAUUUUUGGCAUAGCCUAGAUCGUGUAGGUAAUACAUAAAGCAUACAAGAUGGCUAAGGAAAUUACACCGGUUGUAGAAAGUUUCUGGCUUGCUCAACAAUUAGAGAAAAAUGAUGGGACGAUUUGCUUGCUUGAUGGGUCUUGGCAUAUGCCUUUUUCGAAGAGAAACGCCUGGCAGGAAUAUUACCGCAGACACAUACCGUAUGCAUUGUUUUUUAACAUAGAGGAAUGCUGUGAUAAAAACUCCAAUCUUCCGUUUAUGUUACCAACAGCGGAAGAAUUUGAGACAUAUGUCGGAUCAUUGGGCAUCAGCAAUGAAACCCAUGUUGUCAUUUACGAUAAUCACGCAGGAUUGGGUAUGUUCUCUUCCCCCAGGAUAUGGUGGAUGUUUAGGGCAUUUGGUCAUGAAAAGGUCUCUGUACUAGACGGGGGUUUCCCUAGAUGGGAGAAGGAUGGAUUUACAGAAACAGAUGAGAUACCAAAAGUCGGGCCAAAAACAUUUAAAGCUAACUACAGGCCCGAUCUUGUAAGGACAUAUGAGGAUAUUGAAAGGAAUUUAACGAGUAAUGAAUUCGUUCUGGUAGACGCUAGGCCCAGUGGACGUUUCUGCGGAACUUCCCCGGAGCCAAGGCCAGAUAUCAAGGGAGGGCAUGUCCCAGGAGCCAUCAGUAUCCCAUUCUCUUCCCUUCUUCUACCACAGAGGAAGGCUCUAAAGAUGCCGGAGACCAAUGAGCGAAACAUGAAAGAGGCCGGCGUGGACAUGGAGAGAUCCAUAGUGACCAUGUGUGGGGAUGGACUGAACUCUGCUUUUAUCAGCCUUGUAUGCCACCAAAUGGGCAAGACCGACGUCGCCAUAUACGACGGCUCCUGGACGGAGUACUACGCCAGAGCGCCAUUUGACAAGAAAGAAGACGUCCCAGCCCGUGCAUUUUAAUCUGGUCGAUUACAAAAUACAAAAUCACAUUAACUAAAUGCUUGGGCAUCCAUUAACUAGGGAUACUACCGUUUUUUUGCCUGAAGAGUCAACGCCUAUCACGAUAUUCCGUAACCACACUUUAUUCUAACGCAAUCAAUGCUUACAGGAAUAUAAUGGUAACAUCUAUUUACUCUGGGCAUGGAUUAGAUGCAGUGAAACAAAAGUACAUCAAAACUUAGUAUACUGUUAUGUAUCAUGCAGGGAAGCUUUUCAUUGUAUAGCUCUUUCUGCAUCAAGACGCUGAAACCUUUAUACAAAGUACUUGGAGAAAAAUUUUAGUAUACGAGGAAAUAUGAAAAAAUCGUAUUGGAGCGUAUUACAUG